AUGACAGCUCGGCCUAACUAUAUCGACGACCCACGAUUUAAUCAGACCUUUGAACUACCCGCAGAUCCAGCCAAGGGUCGCGUCAGCCCGUUUAAGGUCAAAUAUGCCGACUUCGGCUAUCGAAACAAGACUCAUCCCGAGCAAGAAAACGUGCUUUUAUUCUUUGCGCCAAUGAUGGGAUCGCGCUUGCUCCACAUCGCGAAGGAUGAUAUCGCAAGGAAGCACAAGAUUCGCAUUAUCAGCCCCGACAGACCGGGCAUUGGGGGUACUGAUGUGGUUGAUCAGAAAAUUCGCAUGAGCUUUUGGCGUGAGGUGAACAUAGCGCUGCUCAGACACCUUGAAAUUGAACACGUCUCUGUCGCCAGCCAUAGCGGCGGCACAAUCUACGCUCUCGACUUCGUACUAAACUACCCUGAGAUUCUUCAUCCAGAGAGACCGUACCUUGCCAUCGGUGCACCCUGGAUCCUCCCUUCGCAUACAAGCUCAGCAACUAUGCGAAUGGCUCAGUUGCUGCCUGCUAGCAUAAUUGACCACACCGACAAGUUUGUGAGUCUGAUAAACAAUUAUAUUAGUCCUGCCGUUGCCGCCUCGGUCGGUUUUAGCCAACCCGUCAUUCACAAACUUGCCCCCCCAAGACCGGAGUCUGCAAGCGAUGUCAGAGAUGGAGAAGACAAUGAUGGCAUCAGAUUUGAAGAGGAGCUCUUGCAAGAUAUCAUAAACCACAUAUACACCGAGAGUACAAAAGGCAUCUCGGACGAUGCAGUGCUAUUCAUGCAAAAGAAUGAGGGUGUUUGGGGCGACUGGGGAGAUUACGACACUCUCGUGCCGCGUUUAGAGCAGGCUCUACGCACCGCCGGAAGGAGAUUGAGUAUCGACGUCUUUUUCGCGGAGAACGACUUCAUGGUUGGAGAUGGAGGUACUAAGGGUACGCUGUGGUUUGAUCAAUGUUGGGAUUUGCAGCAUGAGGAUGGACCCAUUAAGUAUCGUAGCACAAUCGUCAGGGGCGCAGACCACAAUGAGAUAUGGAACCUGAGAUGGGGUGCCGCUCAAGUGGUGCUUAACAGGAUUAGCCCGUCAGUCCCUGAUUCCUCAUCUUAA